UCAUAAACCAGCAACUCCCUGCCAAGUGCAACAGAUUUCCUUCGACUCUCCCAUUUCAGAGGUGGCAUUGCAUGAUCAUUAAUGAGCUCAAACCCGUCCCUUCGUGAUCUCUACAACCCUCCCUCGUCCGCAUGGGCAUUUGUUCCUCCUCCACCUCCUGUACAGACCGCAAGCACACCCUCAGCCGCAAGUUCUGCAAUGACCAGCUACCAAUGGACUACUCGUCCUGCGCACAACUCAAUUUUUGAUUUAUCUCCUUCACUAGACCUCAGCGAACCUUCUAGUCUUAAUGUGUCCCUGCUACUGCGCUCUUUAAUUGCUUCAGGAUUACUCCAGUACACAAGUACAGCACUUGUGAUGCCACUGGAAGUAGGCAAACUACUUCUACAGAUUCAGUGGAUUCCUAAGGAUGCUCCGGCGCCAUCCAGCCAGGUACACGAGGAGGAAGAGGAGGAAGAAACGUUUAGCGACUCUACGAACGAGGACGAUUCCUACUUCGCGGACCCCGCUGCUUCACACAUAAAGUACCCCGCACCAAAGCCCGUUGACGAUCAGGGUUAUGUAAUCAGGACGUCUGUGCUGGAAGACGGAACACGCCCCGAAUAUAUCAUAGCUGUGGGUAGUAUGAACGGCACCUGGGAUAUGGUGAAACGUGUCGCUGCCUUCCGUGGAGAAGGCUGGCUUUCGUUAUGGAAAGGGCUAUUCACAUCCUGCAUUCACGACGUGCUUUUCAGUAAUGUUCAACCUCUCGUUGACAGUCUUAUGCACUCUGUGUUCUUGUCGUCAGCCGCUGGACUAUAUCGCCCACCACUUCUUUUACCGGUAGCAUCGCAUGUCAUCACUGGCUUUCUACUCUCGCCUCUAGAUCUCGUUCGGACACGCUUGAUUGCCCAAUCAGCGAUGCAACGCCACCGGACGUACACUGGGCCAUUUGAUGCACUGAGGCAGAUAAUAGUUCAAGAGGGUGGUAUCAGAAGCAUUUAUUUUCAUCCGCAACUCCUUAUCCCUACUAUUUUGGACAAUGGCCUCCGUCCUCUAUUGCACGUCCUCAUGCCUAUGCUUAUUGCUCCUCGAUUGGGUUUCGGUCCACACGUCGCUCCAGAUAGCAGUCCUAUUGCAUGGGCUUUUGCUCAAGUGCUAGGAUCUGUGGCAAGCCUGCUCAUCACGUUGCCCAUCGAGACCGUGCGCAGAAGACUACAAGUACAAACCCGGGGUACGACGAAAGCGCUGCGUACGUGUGUUGAGACGCGUCCUGUACCAUACAAUGGCGUCGUGGAUGCGCUGUGGCACAUUGUGACUGAGGAGAGGUCAGACCUUCCUAUCAAGCGAAGAUCAAAAGCGAGAAGACGGCAGACGGAACGCGCGGAAGAAGAAGAUUCUAAUGACCUGUUUGUGGAGAAGCAAGACGGAUCCAGAUGGCUAAGAAACACGGGUAUCGGACAACUAUACCGGGGAAUAAGGAUGCGUCUCGGGGUUAGCGUUAUCGUAUUACUGUUGACUACUUUCGGAGGUCAACAAGAGGUGGACGGGGGUUGGGCAGAGCUCUAGGCAGACUUUACUCUACAUGAUUCUCUCGUUCCUGGGUAACAAUUAUAACUCUCCUCAGCAUGUAGCUCUCUGUAAUUAAAUUCUAAGGUCAACAAAUUAGGUUUUGCUACUAUCAAUGUAGCUGAAGCCUGC